AGCAAUUUUUUUUUUAAUUAUUAUUUUUUGAAUAUUUUUAAUAUGAAAAGGGUAUUAUUAUAUGAACAUUUUAGACAUUAAGCAUAAAAUAAUUCGAUAAAAUAUUACUAAUCGCAGUUAUUAAAACUAUCUUUCGAACGUCAUCUAACUGUAUACAUAUUUUUGGAUAGAUAAAAAUAGUUUUUACUAAAUCAAAAGCUAGUGCAUCUUUAAAAAAGAUAUGAGUUCAUUAUUUGCUGCAAGUGGUAAAAGUCGAUUUGACAAGUUACUUGAGUCUGCAACCAGCCAGAUGUUAUUGGAACCUAACUGGGCAACAAAUCUUGAAAUAUGUGACUCUAUUCGUCAAAAAGAUGUAACACCAGCAUAUGCUGUUAAAAAGAUUCGCAGUCAAAUUCAAGAUGCAAAUCCACAUAUUUCAAUAUAUGCACUUGUGGUCAUGGAAACAUGUGUCAAAAACUGUGGUCAGCCAUUCCAUGAGGAGAUAAACAAUCAUGAGUUUAUGAGUGAACUAAAACAAUUAGCUCAGACAGGAACUGCACCAGUAAAAGAGCAGAUUUUGACUAUGAUUCAAGCAUGGAAUCAUGUGUUUCGAAAUAAACCACAGUUUCAACCUAUUCUUGCUACUUACAAUUUGUUAAAAAUGGAAGGUGUUAAAUUCCCUGAGUUAAAGGAAAGUGAUGCCAUGUUUACAGCUGAUCAUGCUCCUGAGUGGAAAGAAGGGGACGUUUGUAAUUUAUGUAGAACAAAGUUUUCGAUGUUAACAAGACAGCACCAUUGCAGAGCCUGUGGCGAAGUAUUUUGUAACAAAUGUUCUUCGAAGACAUCAAUAAUACCCAAAAUUGGCAUGGAAAGAGAAGUUCGUGUUUGUGACACUUGUUUUGAUGAAAUUAAUCCAAAUACUGGAAAAGAAAUUAAAAACCCCAAAAAAGAAGACAAUGGCCUUCCAGAAGAAUAUCUCAAGUCUGAUCUUUAUAAAGAAGAACAACGAAAGACACAGACUAGUCAAAGUUUGAGUCAAGAAGAAGAAGAGCUGCAGCUAGCUUUAGCACUCUCACUUAGUGAAGAACAAUCGUCUAAGAGUGUUUCAUCAAGAGGUUGGUCAACUCCACAGCAAUCAUACACUGCGCCAUCAAAUAAUUAUUUGUCAAAUGAAAAAAUUUCUGCAAAUAUUUCUAAAUCAUCAGAAAGUAAACCUAGCUUAUACUCAAAAGCUGUCACAAGUUUACAAGAAGUUUCAUCUAAUCAGCCAGAGCUUGAAUUGUAUAUGGAUCGUUCGUAUUGGGAGAAAAAAAAAGCUGAGAUUCAAUCUUCGACACCAUCAGCACCAUCAGCUAUUUCAAGUGAUCAAACUAAUGACUUAACUAGAGAAUAUGCUGAUGAUUCUGAAGAAGUGUCUGAAAAUGCUACUGUUUUUUACGAAACAAUGGACAAAAGUAUUGCUAUGUUUGUUAAUAGAAUGACAGAAGUAUCAUCAAAAGGAAAGCAUAUUGCAAUGGAUCCAACUGUCCAGUCGUUGUUUUCUUCGCUUACUGCUAUGCAUCCUCAAUUGCUAAAUCUUAUUGAAGACCAAGAAGAGAGUCAAAAUAAUUAUGAAGCAAUGCUUACAAAGCUAUCAGUGAUUCGAGAGGCACGGGAAAGUCUGAAUGAUAUGCGUGCUCAGUAUGUGGAGAAAACACGUCAACAAGAGCUUGAGCAAGAAAUGUUGAGGCGUAUGCAAAUGGAGCAAAAGCUUGAGCUUAUGAGACAGCAAAAACAAGAAUAUUUAGAGUACCAACAUGUUUUACAGCUUCAACGACAACAAGAACUUGAAAUGUAUCAACAGCAAAAGCUACGUGAAAGACUGACUCAAAACUACGAUGGUUAUUCUGUUGGAACUGUUCCCUCCCAACAGCCACAAGGUUAUUCAGUUGGAACUGUUCCUUCACAGCAGCCACAAGGUUAUUCAGUUGGAACUGUUCCUUCACAGCAGCUACAAGGUUAUUCAGUUGGAACUGUUCCUUCGCAGCAGCCACAGGGUUAUUCUGUUGGACCUGUUUCCUCCCAGCAGCCACAAGUUUAUCCUGUUGGAUCUGUUCCUUCGCAACACCCACAAGGUGUAUAUAUUCAGCCACAAAAUUUUAAUCCUUCACUUGAAAGCCAAAACAAAACCAAGUUUGUGACUUCUCCAAGUUCAAUUGAUUAUGAUAAUACCUCUCAGUCUGGUAAUAGAAUUAAAAAGAUUGACCAGCCAAACAAUAAUCUCCCAAACCCUGAAGUUUCUUCACUUCAGUAUGUUCCCCAAUUGCCUUAUCAAAAUAUAAGUCAAAACACUGCUUUGCCACAAAAGUUUGUUGCUCAACCAUUUUCCCCUCUGCCACAGUCAAUGCCUGAGUAUAAUGUUAAUAUCACACCCCCUCCACCAUAUGAGCAGUCAUUGAAAAUGGGCGCACAACAUGCGUACCAGCGAGAACCUUUAAAAGAUGAUUUUUAUCAGAAAAAAGCUGAGGAUGAAAGUAAUUCAUUAAAUUUAAUUAAAGGAAAUAGUGUUCAACAGGGAGUUUACCGAAAUGAGCAGUUUGCUCCAAACCAGACUGCACCACAACCAAUAUUAAAUUCAGCUUAUGUUUUACAAUCUCAGCAAGAUCCUCAGUCUAAAGUUUUGUAUUCAUCAGAUAAUCAAAACUACAGUCAGAUUAGUUCUGAUCAAGGAUUAUACAAACAAACUUAUCUUCCAGAAUCGCAGCUACAGCUUAACAAUCAGGCUCUUUAUCAACAGCAACAACUCCAACAACCUUUCUCACAUCAACAACAACCUUUUGUUCAGCAGUCACCAUUUAUACAUCAGCAGCAGUUUACACAGCAACCUGUGACACAGCCAACUGAACCUCAACAAAAUCAACCACAAUCGUAUCAACAACAAUUUCCACAAUAUAAACAACAACAGCAAAAACAGGAACCAUUAGCACAGAAUCAGUUUACUCAACACCAACAACUUCAGUAUCAGCAACCUCAAAGUGCUACGCAAAAUGGUUAUGGAUAUCAACCCAAUGGAUUUCUGCAACAAAAACAACAGUAUGGUUAUGCACCUAAUAUACCACCUCAAGAACUAAAUCCAAGCAUGAAAGAUUUGCAGCUAAUUUCAUUUGACUAAAUAAGGCUUUAUUUAACAAUACUAUAAUUAUUCAAAUGUUUCUUUUUUAUAAAAUUUAAAUAUGUUUGACUUUUUUUAUUUAUAUUAAUGAGCAAAUCUUUUUAUUCAUUACCUAAUUUUUAUUUUUUUCUAAACUUUUAAUAAAAUCAUUAUUUAAGUAAUAUUUAUUUUCAUUGAUUAUUAUUAUACAGAAUGAUCAUAUCUUUACUUAACUUUCAUCGAUUAAUGUUUUACAGAAUGGUUAUUUUUCUUCACAACUUACCGCAUAAUUUAAAUUGUUGUUUGUUUGUUUUUAAUUUAUAUUUUGUUUUUUCACUGAAUUAAAAAUUUAAAAUAUGAAAUUAUGUUUAAAAAAAUUAUUUUGUCCUUCCUUGAUCAACCAAGUUGUCCUUAUAUUAGAACUUUUGCAUUAACAUUUUAUAAAACAAAUUUCUUACAGUUGCAUGCAUAUUUAAAUUAAUUUAUUUUGUUUUCUUUUUUUUUGCUUACCUUUUUCAUACGGUUUUUUUAGACUUUUAGAGAAAAAAGAAAAAACAAGGUGUAAUGAAAAAGUAAGUUGCCCUAACCUAAAACCCUAGUUAGUGUAGCGGCCCUCUUUGCAUGUUUUCUCUAUUUAGUCAGAUGAUGUAUGUAUGUAUGGAAGCCCCCAGCAGUCCCCUGUUUCAGUAUGACCUCAGACUGCUUAUCAAAGUAUGUAAUAUUAUGUGUAUAUAUAUAUAUAUAUAUAUAUAUGUAUAUAUAUAUAUAUAUAUAUAUAUAUAUAUAUAUAUAUAUAUAUAUAUAUAUAUAUAUAUAUAUAUAUAUAUCCACUACAUUCAAAAAAGUACAAAUAUAUAUAUAAUAUCAAGUGUAUUACUUCAUACACAUUAAAAAGUAAUAAAUAUUAAAAGAAAAAAAAGAUAGAUCUUUAAUUGUGUAUUUUUCGUUUUCCACCACUGUAUGUACGCGCACACACACACACACACACACACACACACACACACACACACACACACACACACACACACACACACACACA